GGAACUUGACUUUGCGAGAGUCUUACAAACCAACGGUACAUUAUUCAGCUUGGGGCUGCAGUGAAAACCUAUAUUGAGCCCUAAAUAACAUGUGUGCUAAGUUUCAAAGUUUCAAAGUUUUCUUUUGCAGCAAGAUUCUGGGCUUUUAUACUACUUUUAGCCAGAUAAAUCUCAUAAUCCGCUGUUUGUAUUGUCCGUAUACGCUCAAAUACCAGCGAAACUCUGCCAUUUUGAAAUAUUUAGCUUAAACUUCAAUAAAGCUUCGAUGUCCAGUCGAUAUUGGUCCGUAACUAUCCCGAAUUUGCUGAAUAUAUCACGAAAUAGCCACGAUCUCUUGAACAGACGCAUGGUACUCAACAUGACGCCCAAACAAAUGACGUAAGCCAUAGCAACGCGUUUUGCACAUGCACACUUCGACGUGUAACACGAACCUUCGUGCAAUGCGAGUCUCACAGAGUCAUAACAAACAGCAAACUUUACGAUAGAUCUUCAAGCUUAUAUAUACUUCUACUUCCACGAGUCUUCUUUGUUCUUGAUAUGUGAUGUAUACAGACUGGUCUGAAGUUGCUCAUGGCGAGCGUGGUAUCGGGAAAGGAAACCGUCUACCAAUCACAAAUGAUUUCCUCAAGAAACGUGGCUGGGCAGUUACCGAGAAAUCAAAAGGUGUCAAAUGGACAAACCCAGAAGGCAAAGUCUUCUAUUCUUCUAAGUCAGUCGAGGAACAUUUUCAUGCAAGCCUAUCAGAAGAGUCAGAUGAUGAGUCUUAUCUGGCCGAGAUAAGUGAGGAUUGUUUGACCUCACCAGAUACCUCACCGUACAAGAAGAGACGACUCGACGAGAAAGACAAAGUAGAGCUUCCAGUAAAGUAG